AUGGCCCAGGAGACCUAUCCUUUGCAUUAUUUGGUGUGGAACAAUCAGUUCAUGGAGCUUGACCGGGAGCUGCAGAAGAAACAGCACAACGUGGACGGUCUGGACACCCGCGGGCGCACCCCCCUGGAGCUGGCGGUGAGCCUGGGACAUCUGGAGUCAUCCCGGGUGCUGCUGCGACACUGCUCCGACCCUACACACGCGGGGGCACAGGGCUGGACCAUUUUGCAGGAGGCCGUGAGCACCGGAGACCCAGAGCUCGUCCAGCUCGUCCUGCAGUAUCGGGACUUUAAACGUGCCACAGAAAGGCUUGCAGGAAUCCCAGAACUGCUCAGCAAACUUAGACGGGCACAAGACUUUUAUGUAGAAAUGAAGUGGGAGUUCACCAGUUGGGUGCCUUUAGUGUCGAAGGUCUGUCCUAGUGAUGUUUACCGUGUGUGGAAAAGUGGCUCGUGCCUGCGUGUGGACACUACUCUUCUGGGCUUUGAGCACAUGACCUGGCUGAAAGGGCGGCGGAGCUAUAUCUUUAAGGGUGGAGACGAUGGUGCUCUGGUGAUGGAGGUGGACCAUGAGAAGCAGGUGGUGUACACGGAGCCAUUGGUGCUGUCACCUCGAGAUGCACCUUCUCUCCUCGCAGCCAUGCAGCCUUCACAGGAAAACACGGCCCAGAGACUGACCUCACCGAUUGUCUCCACACACCUCAAUACUCGCAACAUUGCCUUUGAACGGAACAAGUCUGGAAUUUGGGGCUGGCGUUCAGAGAAGACAGAAGUUGUCAGUGGGUACGAAGCCAAGGUUUACAGUGCUACUAAUGUGGAGCUGGUAACUCAGUCGAGAACAGAGCAUUUAUCAGACCAAGACAAAUCAAGAAGCAAAGGUGACCCAUGCUCAAAGACACCUUUGCAAUCAUUCUUGGGAAUUGCUGAACAGCACACAGCAAAUAAUGGAAGUAAUGUGUCCCAGUGUGCCAGUCCUCACAACCCCACAGCCAUCACUGCGGAGGAGUACUUCGACCCAGAGUUCAACCUGAACGGACGAGACAUCGGACGACCUAUUGAGCUUACCAGUAAAGUCCAAAGGUUCAAAGCGACGCUGUGGCUCAGUGAGAGUCAUCCUUUGUCUCUGGCUGAGCAGGUGACUCCUAUUAUUGACCUCAUGGCCAUUUCAAAUGCCCACUUUGCAAAAUUGCGUGACUUCAUCACCUUGCGUCUGCCGCCAGGUUUUCCUGUUAAGAUUGAGAUUCCCUUGUUCCACGUGUUGAAUGCUCGGGUCACUUUCAGUAACUUGUGUGGUUGUGACGAGCCUGUCAGCUCAGUGUUACUCCACCAGCCUGAGAGCGCAGCAGAAGCAGGUCAAGCAGCUCCACCUUUUCACUGUGAAGUUGACCCAUUGGUGUUUGAACCCCCAGCGGACUACACCACUCUGGGUCCAGGGCGCAGUGAACCGAUGCGCGAUGAGGACGAUAAUCUACUGCAGUUUGCUAUUCAGCAAAGUCUGUUGGACGCCGGCACAGAGAGUGACCAGGUUACAAUAUGGGAGGCUCUGACCAAUAGUCGCCCUGUUCCUCAGUCUCCAUCAUUUGAUGAAGACUCUCAGUUGGAAAGGGCAAUCCAAGAGUCCCUGACCAUUUCACUGGCCGGUCGAGAAGCUGAUGGCACAGAAGACUUAAACCAGUCCACUUCGGUCUCUCCUGAGGACCCGGCUGAGACCCGGUCUCAGAGCUCUGGGCAGUUCGGGGUGGCAGCAAACUUUGAUGAACAGCUGCUGCUCGCCAUGGAGCUGUCAUGCCGAGAACAGGAGGAAACAGACAGGAAGCGUAAAGAGGAGGAAGAGGAGCUGGAGCGGAUACUGCAGCUGUCACUCACCGAGAAAUAA